GUUGAAAAAGUCUGAAUGUUUACUAGAAUACAUUUGGGAAAUUGAAAAUAUAGCUGAUAGUGACUUGCUCCCAAGAAUUCGGACGAUAAAGUUCAUCGUACCAUCAAAAAUAUCACAGCAACAAGAAGACAUAUACCCACAAUAUGAAGCUGGACAAUUGAUGGCAUUUGAAGGAGCUGUUCCUGACUGGUACACCAAAUAUGUCUGGAGUAGUUGCAACAUCCUGCCAGAAAUGGCCAAUCCGUUCGUAGGUUUUAAUAAGAAAAAAACGGACGCGGUAGCGAGACAACUUCAGGUGUUCUUGGAAAAGCCACUGCUGGAAAAAGUUAUCUUGCACACACAAAAUAUAUGUGAUGCAUUAAAAGAACAAUGCGAAAGAAAUGUCUGGAAAAACAAGGAUGAAUACUUGAAAAGACUGAUGUCUGACAUUUAUCAAUAUUUAUGGAAAGAUGGAGCUAAGCAUGACUUACUUAAUCGUCUUCGUCAGAAACCUAUUGUGUAUCUGCCAUCUGAGAACAAAUUUGUGACAUGUGGAGUUCUUGUUAUUCAUUUAGAAGAAGGGCAAGAAAUCAAACCAUAUCUUUACUCGGCUCCCUUGGAGUUUGGUGGGAACUUUGAACUGUUUGAAAAGCUGGGCACAGAAAAGAGACCCACAUGUGCAACGUAUGCUAGAGUAUUGGAGCGAAUCACACAAGAUGUGAGGGAUCAAGAACUGCAUCCCAACGAGCGUCAGUCUGUAUUGAAGGCUAUUCAUGGACUAUUUUUACAUUUGAAGUGUACGACAGACGAUACUGAUGUAUGUUUGCAGGUACCUAUCCUGUAUCUUCCAACCGAAGACUACAAACUAAUGGAUUCCACGAAAAUGAUUUAUUCAAAUAACAAUCUUUUCUAUGAAGCAAUAGGGAAGGAUGCAGGCUUACCCUACUUUGUAGGUUUCCAAUCACUAAAGCUAUUUUAUUUUGAAAGGGAUAUAGAAAAAUUACCAGUGAAAUAUAGACCGCAUA